AUGGCUUCUCCGGCGAAAAAGGCGCGAACAAAGUCACCCACGCCUGCUCCAGAAACUUCAGCAGCUGCGAGGGAAUCCACGCCUGCUCCUACUCUGAUUCCAGCGGCUUCGAGAGAAUCUACACCUGCUCCUGCCACCCCCGCAGUUGCGAGAGAGUCAACACCUGUUCCUGCCACUCCAGCUGCUGCGAGAGAAUCUACGCCUGUUCCUGCGACGCCAGCUACUGCAAAAGAACGCACGCCUGCUCCUGCCACUCCGGCGGUUGCGAGGGGACGCACGCCUGCUCCUGCCACUCCCGCUGCUGAAACGAAUGCCCCUCUUCCUGGAUCUCACUGGGCCGAACAGGGACUUCCCGAGGAGGAAGAAGAUGAUGCGGAUUCGACCCUUGGAAGCGAUGUCGAGAGCUCGACUGCUUCGAUCGGUUCGAGUAUCCUCAGAUACCGUACUAUGAACGGCAGAACGUAUCAUAGCGACAGCAUAACGGAUUCAGAGUAUUGGGGCCCUAACGACGAAAAGCAGAACGAAUUGCUGGAUAUCUUCCAUCAUGCCAUGACCAUUCUUUUGGAUGGCAGGCUCUAUGAUGCCCCUCUUCCCAAGAAAAUGGAGAAUGCCAUCGAUCUCGGCACAGGCACAGGCCUCUGGGCAAUCGACUUCGCCGACGCAUUCCCCAACUGCAACGUCAUCGGCACCGACAUCUCGCCCAUCCAGCCCAGCUGGGUUCCCCCCAACAUCCGUUUCGAGAUCGACGACUACAAUAAGGAAUGGACCUACAAGCCUGACUUCUUCGACUUCAUCCACGUCCGUUGGCUCAGCGGGACCGUCAAGGACUGGCUUGCCUUCUACAAGGACGCUUACCGGUGCUGCAAGCCGGGCGGGUACAUCGAGCACAUGGAUACACACGGUACGAUCCACUCGGACGAUGGUUCCAUCGACGAAAAGGUGCAUGCUCUAGGCCAAUGGGGCCCCAUAUGGCACGAGGCAGGCAAGAGGAUUGGGCAGGUCCUGAUCCCCGCUGCCAUGAUGGAGAGUGCAAUGAAAGAGGCCGGUUUCGUGAAUAUCGUGGUGAAGGAUUACAAGGUCCCCAUCUCGCCAUGGCCCAAGGACAAAAAGAUGAACGACGUUGGUCUGUACUUCUAUGCCGUCAUGAACCAGGAUCUCGAUGGUGUUCUGCAGUUCAUGUUUGGUAAGGUCAUGGGGUGGACUACGGAGGAGAUCGGCAUCUACAUCCGACAUUUGAAGAAGGAGAUGAAGGACAUGAGCAUUCAUGGGUACUUUGUCUUCCGCAAGGUGUAUGGCCAGAAGCCAGUGGAUGCUUAGGAGUAAUGUACGGCUAGUAGUAGGCAACAACACCGAUCGGGGCUGGAUAGGUAAUUUCCCACGAUAGGGGCAGUUGGAUAACCUGGUACCUCUACCUUACGUCAAGGUUCA